AUGAAAGCACCGAUUUUCAAGAACGAUUUGAAUCUCGAUGCAACGGAGCUAAGAUUGGGUCUGCCAGGUUCGGAUGAACCUGACAGACAAUCAUCUUCAUCUUCUUUACCGCUGAUCAAGAACAACAAGCGAUCUUUUUCGGAAUUCGAUGAUUCAAGUGAAAAGCAAGACCGUGUUGCACAAGCUCCUAAGGCACAAGUGGUCGGUUGGCCGCCAGUAAGAUCUUAUCGGAAAAAUGCCAUCCAGCAGCAGAAAAAACCCGAGCCCGAAAAUGGGCUCGGGUUUUUCGUUAAAGUGAGUAUGGAUGGAGCUCCGUAUCUAAGGAAAAUCGAUCUCAAGUUCUACAACAAUUACUCUGAUCUUCUCAAGGCCUUGGAGAGCAUGUUCAAGUGCACAAUAGGUGUGUACUCGGAGCGCGAAGGCUAUAACGGAUCCGAAUAUGAACCGACUUAUGAAGAUAAAGACGGCGACUGGAUGCUAGUCGGGGACGUCCCGUGGGAAAUGUUCGUCACUUCUUGCAAGAGAUUAAGAAUCAUGAGAGGCUCGGAAUCUAAAGGCUUGAGAUCUCUGUACUAA